GCAAUGUUGGCACCAUUGUUUGGAUGGAUUUGUUAUGUUUAAUAAUCCUAACCUCAUUUUUUAAAUAAUUAAAUAGAAAGACAGUGACAGUAGGUAGGUACCUACAUAGUAUUUAUAAUGGAAAAUAAGGCUAAAAGAAUUGCUAAUUUUGGUGAUGCUGACAGGGCAUUACUAAUUAAAUUAGCUAAUUUAUACAAAAAUGUAAUUGAGUGCAAAAAGACGGACGCAAUUACUUGGCGGGAGAAGGAACAUGCAUGGCGUAAAAUUGAAAUUAAAUAUAAUUCGUCUACUACAGGACCUGCCAGAACUGCAAAACAGCUUAAAACAAAGUAUGAGGCAAUAAAGAAAACACUGAAAAAAGAGUAUAGCAAGCAUCGUUGUUAUGUACAAGGGACAGGUGGUGGUUCAUAUAUUGGUCCACCUAAUCCAAAAACAGAGGAUGAAAAAAUAUUAGCUAAUACGAUAGCUAUAAGUAUUCAAGGGUUACAGAAUACCACCGAUUCGGACGGUUUAGCUGGGUUAUCUGGUAUAACGUAUGAUAGUCAUUUCAAUAAUAGCGUAGAAAUUGAAACUAUAAACGAUUGGACACCACCUACUGCAAAUCUCUUACGUACUCCUGUUAAUCCAAAACUUCGACCAAAUCAGGACAAACAUAAAGUUAACAACACUUCAGAAUGCGAUUCACAAAAUGAUAUUUCGUUUAUAUCGCUGGAUACAGAUGAAUAUUCUGAGAAUAGAGCCAUAUUGAAGGAAGUACCACAAAAUAGUGUCAUUUCCUUCGAUACGGCUGAAUUUAACAAGGAAAAUACUGCUAUGAAUGAUAAUACUUACCAAAUAUCAGAGAAUACUAAUAUGGAAAAUAAUGAGCCAACAAAAAAAACUCGAUUCCGCGGGGACGCGGAAAACGGUAGCGCGGCCGACUAUAAUCAGCACUCAGCAAUGACGGAAGCCGGAAAGCAAACAAUCCGGGGCCUCUUAGGGAGUCUGAAGAGUUGCUGA